AUGGCACAAAUAUUCUACGUUAUUUUGUUGCUUGUUGUUGUAGUAGUAACCAAUGAAGCAGCAAGAAUAUUGGCAGUGUAUCCACUGCCAUAUUACAGUCAUCAAAUCGUGUUUCGGCCAUUAACUCUGGAGUUAGUUAGAAGAGGUCAUGAAGUAGUGGUUUUGACUACGGAUCCCAUAUAUCGCAAAAGUGAAGCACCUGCUAACCUUACGGAAGUCGACCUUCAUGAUAUUUCAUAUGAUGUUUGGCGCAAAGCAACGAAAGCUACAAGUAUAAUACUAGGAAACAAUAAUAAUAUUGUUCCACAUUUGAGAUUUAUAUAUAAAACAAUGGCAAAGGUAAUUGAAAAACAAUUACAACAAGAAGAAAUUCAAACUAUUUUAAGUGGUAAAAAUAAGUUUGACCUUCUGAUUCAUGAAUCAUUUUGUUCACCAAUUUUAAUUUUGUCCCAUGUACUUCAAGUGCCUGUGAUCCAGAUUAGCACAUUGGGCACAAUUCCCGAUAUUCCUAGUAUUGUUGGGGUACCAUCUCACCCGUUUCUAUAUCCCUAUCCCAUCCAACAAAAAGUUUAUAAUUUGUCAAUUUUGGAUAAAUUUAAGCAAUUUUAUAUUAAUUACCAUUUCCGUAAAAUAGCACUGGAUACUGAAACGGACUUUGACAUGAUAGUGAAAAAUAUAAUUGGUGCAAAAAUUCCAAAGUUGAGUGAGUUGAAGAAGAAUGUCGAGUUAGUGUUUUUAAACGUUCAUUCAAUUUGGGAUCUGAAUCGUCCGGUACCACCAAAUAUUAUAUACUUGGGAGGAUUACAUCAGCAACCUGAACAAAUUUUACCAGAACAUCUCAAAUCUUACCUCGAUUCCUCUACACACGGAGUUAUUUACGUUAGCUUUGGAAGUAAUAUCGAUCCGACUUUGCUACCUGCGCAUAAAAUUCAGACAUUAAUAAACGUCUUCUCCAAACUACCAUAUGAUGUAUUAUGGAAAUGGAACAAGGACGAAUUGCCUGGGCGCAAUGACAACAUCAGAAUCUCAAAGUGGUUGCCACAAGCUGAUUUACUAAGGCAUCCUAAGAUCAAGAUGUUUAUCACUCAAGGAGGUUUGCACUCAACCGAUGAAGCCAUCACGGCUGGAGUACCUUUAAUCGGUAUACCUAUGGUUACCGAUCAAUGGUAUAACGUAGAACAGUAUGUACACCAUGGCUUUGGGGUGCGAGUAGAUAUAGAGACUAUUGAUGAGGAGAAUUUCGAAAACGCUAUCAACGAAAUACUAAACAACGACAGUUAUCGACAAAAUAUUCUACGAAUGAAGAGAAUAUUUAAUGAUCAGCCUCAGACUCCGUUAGAACGAGCCGUGUGGUGGACGGAGUAUGUAAUAAGACAUGGUGGAGCUAAACACCUGCGCUCACCUGCUGCAAACGUGUCCUGGACAGAAUACCUGGAAUUAGAAUUGAUUUUCUACUUACUGACAACGUUUCUGUUAAUAAUGGGAUCUUUAAUAUUCACAGUUUACAGAUUAAUAGUAGUAAAAAAGAUUCAAGGAAAAUUAAAAUCAGAAUAG